AUGUCAACCCCCGCCACCUUGGCUCAGGGAGAGGUCAGCCUUGACGUUCCGGAUGCUGGCGUUCCUUGCAAGACAUGGUAUAGAAUCCACGGCGACAUCCAUGCGCAGACGCCUACUGUACUUCUUCACGGCGGCCCGGGGGGCACGCACCUAUUCCUCGAGCCCAUCGAGCAGCGCCUCUCCACGCCCACAAUCACCUACGACCAACUUGGCUGCGGGAACUCCACACAUCUCCUACACAAAGAUCAACCGGAAGGCGCGAGCUUUUGGACCGUCGACCUCUUCAUCGCUGAGCUCGAGAACCUGCUCGAGCACCUUGGCGUACAGGAAGGGUACAACGUCCUCGGCCACUCCUGGGGCGGCAUGCUCGCCGCUGCGUUUGCCAUCAGAAAGCCGAAGGGGCUGAAGAAGCUCGUUUUAUUCUCCGCGACGCCGAGUCUUCCGCUAUACAAUGUCGGAAAGUUCUCAGAGGCGUGCCGACGGGUCUGGACGGGUAUUGACUCUUGCCGCGUCGGCAAUGCGUCAAAACGGGUAGCGGCAUCGUCACGAUCGUCGCCACGGUCGUUAGGGUGCCGUCUGGACGGCACGUAAACUAUCCUGACGCUUUGCCUGUCGCCGAAAUGCCAGCCGGAUAGUUCGGAUCGCCAACCGAAGUAUCCAGACGCAUCCAGACGCAUCCAGACGACUCAACCCAUCCAGAUGCGUCUUGACGCGUCAAGACACUCACCGCCCCCGAAUUGACGUUCGCCCCACCCGUUGAGACGCUGUAUUCCAAUAAUUUCCCUUUCGCGCCACGCAGUAUAGCCCAAAAACCAAUAUAUAUUGAACUACUAUAGGUACACGGUUUGUAGCAAUAUCCUUCAACUACGUAAAAU